GGAAAGCCUUAAGGCAGCUCGGUGCCAGGCUAAGGACCAGACUUUAUCACAGCGCCGCCCCUCACCAUCUUCAGAUCGGAAGGUGGAGGGACUGGCUAGUGGUGUUCCUUGAUUUGUGAUCUGAAGGUAUGAGUGGCAAGAAACUAAGAAGAGUGGGUUUAUCACAAGAGCUCUGUGACCGUUUGAGCAGAUAUCAUAUUGUUACCUGUCAGGAUUUUUUAUGCCUUUCCUCUUUGGAACUUAUGAAAGUGACUGGCCUGAGUUACAGAGGUGUCCAUGAGCUCCUACGGACAGUCAGUAGGGCUUGUGCCCCACAGAUGCAAACGGCUCAUGAGAUAAAGACACAGAGAUCUGCUAAUCUGUCACCAGCCUUCUUGUCUACUACCCUUUCUGCUUUGGAUGAAGCCCUGCAUGGAGGCGUGGCUUGUGGAUCCCUCACAGAGAUUACAGGUCCACCCGGUUGUGGGAAAACUCAGUUUUGUAUAAUGAUGAGUGUUUUGGCUACAUUACCCACCAACAUGGGGGGCUUGGAAGGAGCUGUUGUGUACAUUGACACAGAGUCUGCGUUCACUGCCGAAAGAUUAGUUGAGAUAGCAGAAUCCCGUUUUCCUCAAUAUUUUGACACCGAAGAAAAAUUGCUUUUGGCAACUAGUAAAGUUCAUCUUUACCGGGAACUCACCUGUGAUGAAGUUCUGCAACGGAUUGAAACUUUGGAAGAAGAAAUUAUCUCAAAAGGAAUUAAACUCGUGAUUAUCGACUCUGUUGCUUCGGUGGUCAGGAAGGAGUUUGAUACACAGCUUCAAGGCAACAUUAAAGAAAGAAACAAACUCUUGGCCAAAGAAGCGUCCUUAUUGAAGUACUUGGCUGAGGAAUUUUCAAUCCCAGUUAUCUUGACGAAUCAAAUUACAACCCAUCUGAGCGGAGCCCUCCCUUCUCAAGCAGACCUGGUGUCUCCGGCUGAUGAUUUGUCCCUGUCUGAAGGCACUUCUGGAUCUAGCUGUGUAGUGGCUGCCCUGGGAAACACAUGGAGUCACAGCGUGAACACCCGGCUGAUCCUCCAGUGCCUGGAUUCAGAGAGGAGACAGAUUCUCAUUGCCAAGUCCCCUCUGGCUCCCUACACCUCAUUUGUCUACACCAUAAAGGAGGAGGGCCUGGUUCUUCAAGGCCAACAGAGGCCAUAGGGAUACCAUGACCUUUGUCUAGAGCCAAUCGAGGGGUGUGAUUUAUGAAAUGAAACAGGAGCGUGCUGCUUGGAAGAAGGAAACGGAAGCCAACGUAAUGGGAACUAAUUAGUUGAUUGCUGUUGAGAUGGUAACAGAUUUGCUCCUCGACCACUGAGCCAGUGAUUUCAGACCUCGCCUGGAAGGUGAACAUGAAGAAACCCUUGUUCAAGGGCUGUAGAUGUGGAGGGCUAAGGGCCUUGCCACCAUGGGAUGUCAGCAGCCAUAAUAAUAAUAAUCACUUGCACUUAUAAAGCACCUUUCAACCAUGAACCUCAAAGCGGUUUAACCACAUUCAUUAAUUAAAGCCCACAAUCUCCCUGGGGAGAGGAGGAGGAGGAGGACUAACGAGAUUUGUAAUUACAGGAGGGAACAUUUCCAAAUAAAGUAUUGUCCAUCAAAUAAAAGGAG